AUGAAACUCCUCGCCGCCUUCAUGUGUGUGGUAGCGGCACGCAAAGCGCCAAAGAAAUUCGAGAGCGCCUUGGAGAUGACUCUAGACGCGCCUGCGAUCGAAGCCAGCAAGGAUCAACUCUUUUGCGUGGCCCCGCCGGACGCGCCGGCGGCGUCGUUGAUCUUCGGCUCCAUCACGUGGGACAUUGAGUUCGGCAAGGCGGGCGGCCGCGCGCGCGCCGUCAGCGACGACGAUUUUCACGAGGCGGGGCGUUCGAUAGUGGGCAAGCUCAUCGGCGCCGAGCCCGGCAACCUCGGCAAGGAGCUUGAUCAGAAACUGGCCAGGAGGCCAUUGUUCCCCAUGCCGUGGGACAGCUGCCCGAACCCGUUCUCGGACUGCGUCCUGGACCUGUCGCCCUACGGCAAUUCGUGCGCGCGUGUAUCAUCUCGGGAGCCGUACAAAAUAAAGGUCGUCGUCGAUCGUGGCUUCCAGUGCGGAAAUCAACCAGUGCGCCAGGCCGGCCUGGAUGUAUUAUUUACUAUUCUGGCCGCCUCGACGCAGCGCGAGAGUGCUUGGCGUCCUCGCACGAGGCGUCUUAGGCUUACUCACGGUACUCACCCCGGAGUCACACGUUUGAUUUCCGCACAGGUGGCUUCCCGGUCCGCCCGCUCAUGGUCCUCGCCGGCGUCGCCCUGCUCGCGGCGGCCCAUGCGUUGUCAGCGAACGUGCCCUUCCAGUACGGUUCGGCCGUCGUCAUGGGCGAGGCGAUCGCUCUCUGCCUCGUGGUGCUCUACUUGAUCCGCCGCGCGGGCGGCGGCUUCAAGUCCAAGUUCGCGGCCGCGGGGCUUUACACACUACUCGUGCUGAGGAAAGGCGGCACGAUCGUCCGGAAGACGCUCCUCGACCACUGGGAGCUCGCGUUCGUCUACAUGCUCGUCGUCGCGGCGGCGUCGUGCUGGGUCGUCGGCGUCUCGCGGAAGUCGAAGAACUUCCACGAGACGGUCCGCGUCGCCACGAAGUGGACGCUCCGAUGCCUCGCCGUCGCAUUGUUACACAACGCCUUCAAGGCUCCCGCGGCGCAGUUCGUCGUCUACGCGGUCCUGGUCGCGCUCUACGCGCGGACGCGCCUCUUGAAAAUGACCGGCAAGAAGGAGUACUACCGCGAGGAGAAGACGGAGUAAGUCCUUUCGUGGGGGU